GUUUUCCCACAAUUUUCGCACGGUAAACAAAUUGUUAAUUGGUGAGAAAAAGGGGCACAAAUCAGCGCGCCAAAGAUCAAUUGGCGACUGGCGCUGGUGGUGUUGCCAGUUUGCAGUUCUUCGGGCUGAAGUGGUUUUCCUGCUCAUCGUUUCGGUGGAGAGUUCCGGGUGGCCGAGAAAGAUGUCGGUCGUCAUCGAGACCACUAUCGGUGAUAUCACCGUGGAUCUGUUCCUGAAGGAGCGUCCGCAGGCGUCGCUGAACUUCCUGAAGUUGUGCAAAAUGAAGUACUACAAUUACAGCCUGUUCCACACGAUCCAGCCCAAUUUCAUCGCCCAAACCGGUGACCCCACCGGCAGCGGGGACGGGGGCACUUCCGUGUGGGGGCUUACCGAUGGCGCCCACAAGCGCUACUUCACCGGCGAGAGCGUGCCCAAGAUCAAACAUUCCGAACCGGGACUAUUGUCGAUGGUGAGCGCCGGUGAGCAUUUGAUCGGAUCGCAAUUUUUCUUCACGCUCGGUGGCGACCUCACGUCCCUAGACGGACAGCACAUCGUUAUCGGCGAGGUGAUGGAAGGGCACGAAGUACUGCGUAAGCUGAACGAAGCCAUUUGCGACGACCGGCAUCGGCCGUACAAGGAUGUGCGCAUAACGCACACGGUCGUGCUGGAUGAUCCGUUCGAUGAUCCGAGUGGUUUCCGGGAACCGAGCCGCUCGCCGUCGCCUUCCGCGGAGCGGUUGCAGGGCGGUCGGAUUGCGGCCGACGAAGAGAUUGACGACCUGGACGGCAAAACGGAGCAAGAGAUUGCGGAGCUGAUCGCCGAUCGAGAGGCGAAGGCACGGGCAACGAUCCUGGAGAUCGUGGGUGACAUUCCGGACGCUGACAUUGCCCCGCCCGAAAAUGUGCUCUUCGUGUGCAAGCUGAACCCAGUGACGACGGAUGACGAUUUGCAGAUUAUUUUCGGCCGCUUCGGAAAGAUCGUUGGAUGCGAAGUGAUUCGCGACAAGACGACGGGCGAUUCGUUGCAGUACGCGUUCAUCGAGUUCGAGGAUCAAAAGUCUUGCGAGAUUGCGUACUUCAAGAUGGACAACGUGCUCAUCGACGAUCGGCGUAUACACGUGGACUUUUCGCAGUCAGUUUCCAAAGUCAAGUGGCGUGGCAAGGGCCGUGGCAUCGAGUUUUCCGACGGAGCCGACAGGCGGUCAUUCAAAGACCACGACCGUUCCAAGCAGUCACACAGCAACAACGGUGGCAAGCGCCAUGUUUCUCCGAAGCCGCAGCGAACUGAAUCUCCAAGACGUUCGCGCCAUACUCGAUCGAAAUCACAGUCCGAUUCCAGAUCACAAUCGCGGUCACGUUCACGUUCACGGUCGCGUACUCGCUCGCGAUCACGAUCCGCGAAGCGUUCUCAGCGGAAGCAGCGUAGCCGGACUCCGUUGCGCACCAGGGACCGGUCACCGGUACGCAGCCGUGAUUGGGAUCGCAACCGGGAGCGAAAGCGUAACGAGUCGCCCCGACGGCUUGCGUCGAACAGUCGGAGCCGGAAGGCUAAUUUGACGAACCGGAACUCUGCCUACUUGGAGCAACGGAAUGGGCGGGACAUUCGCAUUAACCAAGGGAAAGUGGACUACAAAAAUCGCCCCUAUCCAAGCAGUUUCAUUCAACGCAACACCCCGAAGGAUAAGGCGGCCCGUGGUUCCAGGGCGGGUGGAGGCCCUGGCGGCAAAUGGCCGGAUCCACCACCACGGCGCCGUUCGCGGUCGCGAUCCCGCGAUCGGCGCACGCGGCGCUCCCGCAGUCGUUCACGCUCGCCACACGGACGCAGAAGCUCCUCGCGUGACCGCAGACCUCGUUCGAGCUCGAGGGACAGAAAUGGCCGCAACCGUCAGCACUCGGAUGGUGGACCCAGUCCAUCGCGCUCUACUCAGCACCGGAGUAUUGCCAGGGCUGCCCAGAAGUCGGAACCAGAGCCAGCACCAAAACCAUCCGCCCAGUGGGAAAAAAACUCGCGAUCUGCUGUCGCGAAGCGCCGCUCGCACAGCACCGACUCUUCGUCCUCGACCUCGUCGUCCUCCUCGGGCAGUUCGUCCGCGUCGUCGGACCAGUCGGACGAGCGGACGGCCAAGCGGAAGAAAAAGGGCUCCAAAAAGAAGUCGAAAAGCAAGUCCCGCAAGCGCAAGGGUUCGGUUUCGUCCGACGACGGAAAAGCACGUAAAAAGAAGUCCAAGAGUAAGAAGAAGAAAAAGAAACAUUAAACCGCCUCUCGCGAGGGUGGUCACCUUUUAAACGAAUGCUGGAUUA